UUUGUGCAUUUCUACAAUCUCAACCACACACGUGUCUUCAAGUUCAAACGUGUAUCGAGAAUGUCGCAGGUUGUAAUAGGCUACCACUUUGCUUUGCUUUUAAUUAAAGCACAAGAACAGUGAGACCUCACUAAGCAAGAAAGGAUUCUUUUUCUAAUCUUCUUUUCCUUCUCCUAAUCUUAUUCUUCUUCGUCUUCUUCUUCUUGUUUUUUUUUUUUUUCUUCUUUUUUAGUUUUUUUAAGUUUUCUUCAUUGUAACUGAUCUUUCAGUGUAUAAUCUUAACUUGAGGCCUCUAAUGGACGGUUAUUCAAAUUCAACCGCCUGGACCGUUCAAUCAAGUUUUCUGAUUUCUUGUUCAUUCAAAUUCCAAAUUUUACUAAAAAAUAUAAGUGCAGUUUUUGAAUAAAAGAAAAAGCUUCUUGCUUUUGUUUUUGGCCAUCACUUGCAAGAACUCAAGCAAAUUCUACUAUUUGGGAGCAGUUAGGCUAGUUUCUGAGAUGGUUUUGUUGUAAAUUUGUAGAGAUCUGAGUGGCUUUUACAAGGAGAUAUGGAGCCUCCAAGGGGAGUUUUGGCUUCUUGCUGGAACUUUAUUCGCUUUCUUCCUUUCUUCAUCGGGCUACUGCUACUGGGAACUGUUAAAGGUAUCAUUUUCUGCCCAUUGGCAUGCCUUAUCAUGGCAAUUGGAAAUUCUGCUAUCAUAAUAGGUCUUUUGCCAUUGCAUACUUUUUGGACAUAUUAUUCAAUUUUGAGAGCUAAACAAUUGGGGCCUAUUUUGAAGAUUCUUCUGUGCGUGACCCUACCAGUUCCUUUGAUUCUGUGGCUUGUGGUUGGCAUUGUAGGAAGUGUUAUUGGUGGAGCAAUGUAUGGCUUUCUUUCGCCAGUAUUUGCCACUUUUGAUGCUGUUGGAGAAGGGAAGACGAAUGGGCUUUAUCACUGUUUUUAUGAUGGAACUUGGAGUACUAUUAAAAGGAGUUGCACUAUUGUUCGUGAUUUUGGAGAUGUUUGUUAUCAUUCUUAUUUCUCAUACAUGGAUGACCUGCGGCAGCAACCUGCAGAUAAGAACUAUUAUGAGAUCAGAUUACUUUAUCUUCCCAGUGCUAUUAUUGCCAGUUUACUUGGUUUCCUGUUCGACUUUCCGCUGAUUUCAUUUAUCGCUAUCUACAAAAGUCCAUUCAUGCUCUUUAAGGGGUGGCAUCGUUUGUUUCAUGACCUUAUAGGACGGGAAGGCCCUUUCUUGGAGACAAUAUGUGUACCAUUUGCAGGUCUUGCUAUCCUUCUUUGGCCGUUGGCUGUUGUUGGAGCAGUUUUGGGUUCCAUAGUAUCUAGCAUCUUCCUUGGUGCUUAUGCUGGUGUGAUUGUUUAUCAGGAAUCCUCAUUUUGGUUUGGGCUUUGCUAUAUCAUUGCGUCCUUGGCUAUUUACGAUGAAUACAGCAAUGAUGUUUUGGACAUGCCAGAAGGAUCUUGCUUUCCAAGGCCAAAGUACCGAAAAGCUCAAUUGACAAAGAGCCCUUCUCGUGCCUCCUCUUUCUCAGGGGCCAAUUCUUUUCGAAAUCGUCUCAACCGCUCAGAUUCACUUGUACCUAUGGUGGAUCUGAAACCAUUUACGCUGCUUGAUGGCUUAUUUAAGGAGUGUCAACAAUAUGGAGAGAUUUUUCUUUCUGAAGGACUGAUCACUCCACAAGACAUUGAAGACGCCAAGUCCAAUAAGGUUGGCACGGUGGUUAGCAUUGGUUUACCAGCUUAUUGCCUUCUUCAGGCAAUCCUACGUUCUGUGAAAGCCAAUUCUGAGGGUAUUCUGCUGAGUGACAAUGUUACUGAGUUAACAACCAGAAACAGACCAAAAGAAACCUUCUUUGAUUGGUUUUUUAACCCUUUUAUGAUCAUAAAAGAGCAAAUUAAAGCACAAAACCUUUCUGAGGAAGAAGAGGAUUAUCUCUGCAAACUAGUAUUGUUGAAUGGUGAUCCCUUGAAGUUGAAAAAUAGAAAUAUUGGUCCACCACCCGAGUCUGAGCGUAAACGCGCUGAACUUGAUGCGCUAGCUCGAAGGCUUCAAGGGAUUACUAAAUCUAUAUCAAGGUUUCCAACUUCAAGACGCCAUUUUCAAAGUCUUGUCAAGAAGCUGUCCGAAGAUCUGGACAAGAAGAAUGGUGACAGAAAAUCAAGCAAUGGGCUGCAAGCACUAGGAAGAUCAAAAAGUGCCUUCGCUCGUUUCUUAUCUUUUAAAAACAGAUCAAGCCAGAAUGGUUCCGAUCAAGAGUCACAACCGGUUAACGUGGAAUAUGUACAAUAAUGGAUGUUAAUAAUGGAAAUGAAAUCGCAACAUUUCCAUUUUUAUUUUUUGCUAAAGUUCAUAAUUCAUGAUUUUAAUGUUCUCUUGGUUCUUUCUAUAAGCGUCUGUCUCAUUUGGAUGCUGACAACAUUAGGAGGAAAUGAAUUAAACAUAUGAGAUGUAACAGAAGUUUUGAAUUGUAGAGUUUCCCUUGUUAUUGUGUC